AUGGCACUAGAUUAUGAGAGGGAGAAUAUGAAGCUGAAGGAGGCGGUCAGAAUGAAGCUUCCCCAUCACCUGGCAGCACGACCUCCAACUCCUCCAGAAAAACCUAUCCAAUCUGUCUGUCCAGCGGCUCUACAGGCCUUGAAGAGGAAAAAGCGGUACGAGAAGCAGCUGGCUCAGAUCGACGGGACGUUGUCUACCAUUGAGUUCCAGAGGGAGGCGCUAGAGAAUGCUAACACCAACACAGAAGUGCUCAAGAACAUGGGCUUCGCCGCCAAGGCAAUGAAGGCUGCACACGAAAACAUGGAUAUAGACAAAGUAGACGAUCUGAUGGCAGACAUUACAGAACAACAGGAAGUGGCUCAAGAAAUCUCUGAUGUAAUUUCCAGACCGAUCGGUUUCGGAGAAGACUACGAUGAGGAUGAGCUUAUGGCUGAGCUGGAGGAGCUGGAACAGGAAGAACUGGAUAGAAAUCUUCUGGAAGUUGAAGGAACAGAGGACGUUCCUCUACCCAGCGUACCAUCGACAUCACUACCAUCUAGACCAGCCAAGAAGAAGGAGGAGGAAGACGAAGACGACAUGGCAGACCUCGAGGCCUGGGCGGCUAACUAAGCUAGCUUGCCCUGCUAGCUAGCCAGUGCCCCUCUCCUGUCUGUCUCUGUGCUCCCAGGCUGGUCCCAGACAUCUGGAUGGAAGAGAGACAAGGACUCUGGGCUGCUGAGCUGGCUGUUGGCAUGCUGCUCUGUCUUAAAGCCUACGUCCCAAUAUCUAACCAUACCCCGACUCUAAAGUAUGCACUCGUACACAUAUUCACUGACUUGAAAUGAACCCAGGCUUUUCUCUUCUGAUCAAUGUUCCAGUAAGAAUGUCUUUGCUCCAGCUGUGCACUCCUCUGUUUCUUAAGGGCAUAGAAUAAAUGUCAUGCCCUAACAGCCUGUGGUUAUGUAUAUCCAAGUUCUCCUUGUGAGGAAACAAGAGUUGAUGAAUGUGCACUUCUUUUAUUAGUCAGGAGCGUGCAAGUGCAUACUUCUAGGGGGAGAGUGUGUGGAGGAACAUGGUGAUUCUUGUUUCUGGGAGGAAUGUGAAGAAUCAACUCGUGUGAAGAAAAAAAGCUAAAACAGAAAGAUGACAUGACUCAGCCAUUUUCUGCUUCCUGCGUUGUCAUCUCUCUGCUCUUCUACAGUGAUGACGACAACCCAUCGUCUACAUGUCUCUGCUAAAUCUCAACAGCUGCAAAAAAAUAUAUAUAUAAAUGAUGAACAUGUAGGCUUUCUCUUAUAUCUCUUCUCUAUGUCACUGUCAAACUACAAAACAAUGGCAUGUUACAGCAGUGGUAACAUCUUGUCAUGGGAGGAUCCAGGGUUUGAUCCCUCUGUCAGCCAUAUCACACAGUGUCCUCCUGGAACGUCUUGUUAUUAGGCAGCCUGGAUCUAAUCAAAAUCCUAAAUUGUCAUGUGAAGAAAAGAGAGAAUAUAUGAAAAACAGGCUUUGCAGCAGUUUCAUUUCCCAGAUAUUCAAGCAGACAUGGCUGCCUCAAGCAUAGACGUCCCUUGAAGAAAUUGCUUAAUGAAACAUUUAACAACCAACCUACCAUUCUUCAAUAAGUCAGUGAAAGUUAGCUGUUAGCUAACAGGCUCUAUUUACUCAUGUACUUGAUACCGUUGCUCAGUGGUUCCCAACAUUUUUGACUUGUGACCCUUUAAAACAAGGGUCAGUGUUUUCUUUUGAUUCCUCGUCUCAGGCAGACGUGAGUGUGAAAAGUGUGACUUAGCGUUUUGCUUCAUUUGAAGGAUUUUCAGUGGUUUUAAGAGAUAAAUAUCCAAUAUUUCACAAAACAUAAGACAUUAAUCAGAAAAAAAUGAUAUACAUUGUGAAAUAUAUCUUUGGACUCUUUGGGGAAUCAGGAACCACUGGUUGAUUCAGUAGGGUAAUCAGGUACUUGAUUAUGUGGGUGGACUUUGACAGUAGAUUCUUCAUCAUGGUCCUCAAUGUCUUUUUGAGCUAGCUCAGCCAGCUACCAGAACAAGCUCAAGGCUGCUGACAGAUUAAAUUAAGUAACAUAGUUCUUGAUUUCUGUCCAAAUUUGUCAACUCACUUUUAGAUAUGAAAGGCUGCUCUUCCUUCCCUUUUCAGGCUGUUGAGCAACCGCCAAGAUGCUUCAAGUUCAGUUGAAUGAUGUCAUAGCGCUGUCCCUAAAAAAGGUUGAAGUACUUAUCAAUCAAUAUUAUAAUUGACACUAGAGAGAUAAUGUGACUCAUUCUACGUGCUAAAGGUCAGAAUACCUCGGCGCCUGCUGCUUCAACUUGGACCGUUCUUUUCAAGUUCCCCGACUCCAUGCAAGUACAACACUAAAUCACUGUAAUAAAUCCCUUUAAGGAAUUCAUGAACGGUGGAGCCCAGAUAUGGGUUGGAUGGUGUCGCUUCACCCAGAUUACAAAAAAAAAACAAUCUCAAUCAUCUGGCUAAUUUAUACCUUUACUUUUAACAAGACACCGAUUGUAAGUUACCUUGUUGACGUCUUCAUACAUAAAUCAGAUGGAUAAGUAGAAAUAUGAUAGUUUCUCUGUCAAAAACUGCACAGAUAUCAACCAAAGCUACUCUGUUAUAUUAAGUUAUAAAUUGUAGGAGAAGCAGAGCUUCAAUAUGGCUGCCAGAGGGCACAUUACAACACCUCGGAAGGCCUCUGUUACUCAAUUUAAAAUCACAUGUGCCUGUCACCUCCAGCGCCUUGACUGUCUGUGGUUUAACAGUGAUGUAAUCGGAGAAAAUCCUACAUUAGUUGAUUAAAGAUAAUGUGUGUGAGUAUGUGAUGUUUUUUCAGCCUUUUGACACAGUGACCUCUUGUGAAUAUUUAGUCAAACUGAAAUGGUGAGCUGGAAUUUUUUUGUCAUAUCUGCUCUUGACUCACCUGUAGUGCAGAAUCGAGUUCGACAUUGAGAGACGAACAUGAGACGCGUUGGUUCCGUGUUGGUCUUCCUUAUAAAACACACUUCCCUCCUAUCGGCAGACAUGUUUAUGCAUGGACGGACCGGGGUCGAUCCAGAAUCGAACAGCUGGUUGGGACUGUAAUUUAUGUCUUUAAAUGAAUCAAUUAAAAAAUUUAACUUGCUCUUUUUUGUAAUGCAAUAUCACCUUAUUUGUGAGUGGGUCGACCCCGGUCCUGAUAUUUAAAGACAAACUAUUGAAAAAAACUUGCAUAUGCCAAUAGAGUUUGUUUCUCUUUUGUUCUGUUUUUUUUUAUCUCUCUGUUUACCUCAAAUAUCACUCAUGUUCUCUCUGGCUGUACAGAAACGUGCAACCUUAACCAGUACAAAGGGGUUGGACAGGAGAUCUUCCGCGUGGCUGCCAUGUUGCUCUCUGACUGGGGUUGUAUAAAGUUUAUCUUAAUAAAGUUGGGAUUCGAUGCAAAUA